AUGACAGACGUUUCCCGCGAGGCCGUGUACCAGCCCCCCUCGGAGCUGGCCGAGAAGUACAAGGGUGGCAUCCAGCGUCACACCGCCGUCACUCCCCACCCUUCAGCCAGCGUCCCCGGCUCCACUCGUAUCAAGCUCGUUGAGAGCUUUUACAUCCGUCCCCGCUGGCUCUUUGUGCGCAUCGAGACCGAGGGCGGUGUGGUGGGAUGGGGAGAGGGCACUCUUGAGGGACACACCGAGGCCGUCCAAGGUUCGCUCAAGGACAUUUCGCGUCGCAUUGUCGGAUGGGAUGCCAUGAACAUUGAGGACAUUUACACCUACCUGUAUCGCCAUCGUUUCUACCGUGGCGGCGAGGUGCUCAUGUCGGCCAUCUCGGGCAUUGACAUUGCUCUGUGGGACAUCAAGGGCAAGGUCCUCGGUGUGCCAGUUUGGCAGCUCCUUGGUGGUGCUGUGCGUGAACGCUGCGAGGUGUAUGGCUGGAUUGGCGGUGACCGUCCCUCGGAUGUCCUGGAGCAGGCCAAGGUCCGCAAGGCCCAGGGCUUCACCAAGGUCAAGAUGAACGCGACCGAGUCUAUCGGAUGGCUCGACUCGCCACAUGCCCUUGACGAGACUGUCAAGCGCCUCGCAGAGGUCAAGAGCAUCGGUCUCGAUGCCGGCCUCGACUUCCACGGCCGUGUCCACAAGGCAAUGGCCAAGCAGCUUGCCCAGCAGCUCGAGCCUCACCGCCCUCUCUUCAUUGAGGAGCCUCUUCUUCCGGGACAUGUGAACGAACUGAAGGAUCUGUACAACAAGACCACUAUCCCUAUUGCUCUCGGCGAGCGGCUGUUUACACGUCUCGACGUCCGGCCGUACUUUGAGGCCGGCUGCAUCGACAUCAUCCAGCCGGACAUUGCGCAUGCCGGAGGAAUCAGCGAGACCAAGAAAAUCGCGAUCAUGGCAGAGGCGUACGAUAUCGGUGUUGCGCCGCAUUGCCCGCUCGGCCCCUUGGCGUUUGCCGCUUCGCUGCAGGUGGGUUUCAGCACGCCCAACUUUGUCAUUUGCGAGAUGAGCUGGAAGAUGCACUACAACGUCGGCGGCUUUGACCUGUUUACGUACAUGACCAACCCGGACGUCUUCGCAGUCAAGAAUGGCCACAUUGAUCUUUUGACAGCGCCGGGUCUGGGCAUUGAGCUCAACGAGGACUUGAUCCGCAAGGAAGCCGCCGAGGCGGCCAAGCUCGAGCCAUGGCAGAACCCAAUCUUUAGGGGCCCCGAUGGAUCCGUUAGGGAGUGGUGA